ACCGACCGCUAAAUAUGAUAAGUAGUGCUACCGUUGUCUCGAUAACAGGGGAUUGGGUAACUAUGGCUUUCGAUAAUCUUUGAUUUUCCUUUUAUAUUUCCUACCCAUGGAAUCAUAUAAAGGUGAAGUCAUAACUCUUCAAGCGGGUCCUUUAGCGAACCGAGUCUGUGCUCAUUUUUGGAACUUGCAAGAAUAUGGAUUUUUCAAUAAAUCCAGAACUAACGAAUGUGAGUUUCCUUUCACGUAUAAAGUUCUGUUUGAUGAUAGUACACGCGAACCAAAACCACAUGCGUUAGCCAUUGAUAUACGCGAAGUUGUUGAUUUCGGAAGUGAACUUGAUCCUGAUUUAAUUCCUACUCCACUCGACAUUCCUUCUUGGAACAGUCAAGUGGAUAAAGUUGUGCGUUGCCCAUCUACAUCGACCAAAAAUAAUUAUCAUUGUAAUUGGACCAACUGUUUGUCUCCUCUUGCUCGACGAAUAUGGUCUCGUAAUGAUACUGUUCUAAAGCUGCCAUUAUCAUUACAACCUACUCCUGACGAGUCUUCUGUUAAUGGAAUUCAUCAAUCAGAUUCUGUCCUUAGCCUUUCUACAUUUACUGAGGGACAAAAUGUAUUUCGUUCUGGAGGCAAGGUGGCUGACGAAUUUGAUGAUCGUAUCCGUCGUAUUUCAGAGCGUUGUUCGUUUCCAAACAGCUUCCAACUGGUUGUAGAUGCUGAAGAUGGCUUCACUGGUAUUGGUUCCCAGCUUUUAGAAAAUAUCAGCGAAGAAUUUCCAAAGGCGUUCUUUUUUUCGGUUCCUGUUUAUAAUUCAUCAGUUGUAUCACGUAUGGAUGCGCGUUUGAAGAAGCUGACCGUCGUAAAUCAGUUGUGCUUACUAAAUAUAUUGGAACAUGGGGAUCUUCUAAGUCAUGCAUGUUGGUUACCUAUAGAUGCAUCACAGUUAUAUGAUCAUCCUCACCCCUGUAAAAAAAUGAGUGUCUUAGCCUCUGUUAUUGAUACAGUUACAACCCCUUCAAAGUUGGCGAUUGAAUAUGGUGGUAUGAGUCUAGAUAACUUUUUGUCUGUGACAUGUUUUGCACAAGGUAGAAAGAUGCUCACUGUACAAACUGGAGUUGAUUGUAAUGGAAUGGUAGAUAAUCAUUUAUCAUGGUAUAAUCUUAAUCCUUAUUACAAUCAAGGAAAAAUAAUAGCUGGUAAAAAUGUACCAUCUGAAGCUGUAUUAUGUCGUCGGUUAAUGUCUCGAGGAAUUAAACAUUCUACUCUUUUAGAUGACAUAUGGAAUAUGUUCAGUCGAACAGUUGAUUCACAUAAAACUGUUAACAAUUCACCAGUUGACAUAGAUAUUCCAUAUUUAUGCUCAUUAGAAUCAAUUCAUUCAGUUUAUUCAUUACCGAACUAUCCAUUACAAACUGGUAUUAUUAAACAAACUAUGUUAUCAUCACCGUCAACGUAUUGUCAACAGUAUACAAAUACACAUAUGUCAUGUGUUGUUGAUGUUCCAAGUACUAAUUCAUAUGAAGCAAAAAUGUUUGAAAAGCUUGUAGAAUCUUUAUUAUUGCAUAAAUCUCAUCCACUAGACAAUUAUAUGGAAUUGGAGACAUGGAAUGAUUUUUUAGAGUCUAUUCAAUCACGUUUAGUUGAUUCGUAUUUGAAUGAAUGAAAUUAACUUCUAUAACGUUUGUUUAAAGGAAAUUAUAUAUUUCAAAGAUUUUUAGAUUUCUGCAUUUAAUUCCUUUUGUAUAUUAUUUUCUCUGUAUCACUUAGCUUUGAUUUGUAUGUUGGCAUUUAAAAAUCAGUGUUACAUUCUGUUCCGUUGAGUAUUGAUUUAUCAUAAAUUGUAUUCUAGUUCUGCUUUUUAUUUAUUGUAAAGCAUCUCACUUUUUAGUGAUCAUCAAUUUGUAGGUGUUUCUUUGUCGUUGAUUCAAUGAACUGUACUGGUGGUUUUAACAUUCUUUGUAUUUUCAUAACGUAUUAACUAUUUUCUGUUUUACAAUAAGACUAAUCAUGUGUUAAUUCUUGUAAUACCACUUUUUCAUUAUUCUAUCAACAGAACUGAAAGAAUGUAAUUGAUUGAGUAUAAUAGUUAUAUUUAAUUAAUAUUGGCCAAAGAAUAGUCCAAGAUCGGGAAUUAGUGUUUAA